AUGUAUGUUGCAACCACUGAAAAAAAUGCUCAAGAAGGACAUCCUUGGAAACUAAAUUUUGACGAAGCUUCAAAUGCUAUAGGUAAUAAAAUCGAGGCAAUCCUGGUAUUCCUAAAUGGAGAUCAUUAUCCCUUUACUAGUAAAUUGCAUUUUGAUUGUAUGAACAAUAUGGCAAAAUACGAAGCAUGCAUCAUGGGUAUCCAUGCAGCCAUAGAACACAAGAUCAAAGUACUAGAGGUAUAUGUGGAUUCUACACUAGUGAUCUAUCACCUCAAAGGUGAAUGGGAGGCGAGAGACCCCAAACUGAUCAACUAUCAUAGGUUGGUUCUUGAGUUAAUUGAGGAGUUUGUUGACAUCACUUUCUGCUACCUCUCACGAAAUGAAAAUCAGAUGGCUAACGUGCUGGCUACUUUAGCUUCCAUGAUCAAAAUGAACAAACAAGAAGAUGUAAAACCUAUCCAGAUGAGUAUUUUUGAGGCUUCGACUCAUUGUUACAACAUCAAAGAAGAAGAAAAGGAUAAUCACUCUUGGUACCAUGAUAUACUGUGA